AUCGGAAAUCAGUACAAACAGUUACUGUUCAAUGGGAUAUGUUUGUUUGAAUGGUUCAAGUGUGGACUGUUGCUUCUGGGACAUUCUAGAUAAUAACGGCGUGACUUGAUUUCUGACCGGUGAGAAUGUUGCGUGCAUUUGCUGCCUUCCGUGGUGCUGUGACUCCUGUUAGACACGGAGUUGUCCAGAGGUUCUAUGCCAAGGAGGUUAAAUUUGGAGCCGACGCGAGGUCAGCUAUGUUGGUUGGCGUCGACAUACUUACAGAUGCUGUGGCAGUGACCAUGGGCCCUAAAGGUCGUAAUGUCAUAAUAGAGAGCUCAUGGAAAUCUCCUAAAAUUACCAAGGACGGAGUAACAGUUGCAAAGGGAAUCGAGCUGAAGGAUAAAUUCCAGAACAUAGGUGCCAAAUUAGUGCAGGAUGUUGCUAACAACACUAACGAGGAGGCUGGGGAUGGUACAACAACAGCUACCGUUUUGGCUCGAGCAAUAGCUAAAGAAGGAUUUGAAAAGAUCAGCAAGGGCGCGAAUCCCAUUGAGUUUCGAAGAGGUGUGAUGGCUGCAGUUGAUGCUGUCGUUAAAGAGCUUAAGUCUUUGUCAAAGCCUAUAUCAACCCCAGAAGAAAUAGCACAAGUGGCAACAAUAUCGGCCAACGGUGACAAAGCGAUUGGAGACCUCAUUGCUACUGCUAUGAAAAAGGUUGGAAACGAUGGUACAAUAACUGUCAAGGAUGGGAAAACUCUAAACGAUGAGUUGGAGUUCAUCGAGGGUAUGAAAUUUGAUCGUGGCUACAUUUCCCCUUAUUUUAUGAAUACUGAAAAGGGGGCGCGGUGUGAAUUUCAGGAUGCAUUUGUUUUAUUUUCUGAGAAAAAGAUCAAUAGUAUUCAAACACUGUUGCCAGCUCUUGAACUAUGUCAUCAACAAAAGCGACCACUGCUUAUCAUAGCUGAAGAUGUUGAGGGUGAGGCGCUCACAGCUCUCGUUCUUAAUCGGUUAAAGCUGGGCUUACAAGUGUGUGCAGUCAAGGCACCAGGCUUCGGAGACAAUCGCAAAAAUACUCUUAGGGACAUGGCCAUAGCGACUGGUGGAAUUGUGUUUGGAGAUGAGGCUGAUAUGUACAAAUUAGAAGAUGUACAAUUGCAAGACCUAGGGCGUGUGGCUGAGACUGUCGUUACAAAAGACGAUUGUCUGCUGAUGCGUGGCCGUGGAAGUAAAACAGAUGUAGACAAACGAAUCGCACAGAUCAAAGAUGAAAUGGAAGCUUCUAGCAGUGAAUAUGAGAAAGAGAAAAUGCAUGAACGUUUAGCCAAGCUCUCCAAUGGUGUUGCGGUUAUUAAGGUUGGUGGAAGCAGUGAAGUCGAAGUUAGUGAGAAGAAAGACCGAUACACAGAUGCGCUCAACGCAACACGAGCGGCAAUUGAGGAGGGAAUAGUGCCCGGUGGUGGGACUGCGUUACUUCGCUGUAUCCCAAUUCUGAAAUCACUAGAAACCAAAAACGAAGAUCAGCGUACAGGUGUGCAAAUAGUCCUGCGUGCGCUUUCAACUCCCUGUUAUACCAUCGCUCACAAUGCCGGUGUUAAUGCAUCUGUUGUUGUCGAAAAGGUCAUGAGCAUGAGUCAGAAUAUGGGUUAUGAUGCUCAGAACGAUGUGUAUGUCGACAUGAUCAGUGCUGGGAUCAUUGAUCCUACUAAAGUCGUUCGAACCGCACUGGUUGAUGCAGCUGGUGUUGCUUCCUUACUAACAACUGCAGAGACUGUGGUCACCGAUCUCCCGAAGGAAGAGACAGGAGCAAAUGCUGCAGGAAUGGCCGGGAUGGGAGGUAUGGGUGGAAUGGGUGGCAUGAUGUGAUGAAACACUGCACAUCUACUUUGCAUUUUGAAACUUUUCUACGUCGUAGUUGAUUAUAUGUGGUAGAUGAUCCAUUUGUUCAAAGUCCCUGAUUUUCCCUCAAAUAUACAUAAUUUAACU